CCUCUGUGAACUUGAUUCUCCAAAAUUAUUCUUAAAAUUUGAUUGGAUUCUGUUAAAACAAUGGACGUGAAACAAGAAAUAAAACAAGAAGUCAUCGAAUAUGAAGAGUUAUUACCAAACAUUAAAGAAGAAGGUAAUGUUCGUGAGGUUAAAGAGUCUGAUUUGUACGGGGACGUCAGUGAUAUCAAACAAGAAGCUUGUGAAUUUGUGCAGUCUAAAACUGAGAGUGAACUUUUGUCUUUGACUACGCAUUGUGAUUUACCGACUUUAAAAGAUGAAAAUAUUGAUUUCCCAAGCCAUCUGGAUCUGUCUUACAUCAGUAAACAAGUCAAUAGGAUAAUCAAACCCUUGAAAGAUACCACCAAACAUGUUUCCAAGACGAGAAAGAGAAGAUACCCCUGGCUUGUUUAUCCGAAAACUUCCAGAUCUUCUAGAAAAAAACCCUUCCGCGUUCAAUUUGGAGGAUGUUUGGAAGCUUGUUACUAUUGCGGCAAAUUUUUUCUUAAUAAGUCACAAUUUCUGUUUCAUUUAUUUUUGAUUCAUUUUGUAAAGAAAACAAAUAGUUGUAAAGGAAAAUUUGGAAAAAAUGAGCAAUGUAGAUGUAAAAAGUGUUUACGUAUUGGAGAAAUUCAAUCAGAAAAAAAAUUGUUCAAAUGUGAAAUAUUUUCGAAACAGAUUAUUCAGAAAGACACUUUGAAUAGGGAUAUAAAAAUUCACACUGAAGAAAAACCGUUCCAAUGUAAAAUAUCUUCUAAGCAGUUUACUUAUGAAAGCGCUUUCAUUACACACUUAAGAAUUCACACUGGAGAAAAACUAUUUAAAUGUGAAGUAUGUUUGAAACAGUUUAGUAGUAAAAGCAAUUUGAACAAGCAUUUAAAAAUUCACUCUGAAGAAAAACCGUUCAAAUGUGAAAUAUGUUUGAAACAUUUUAAUGAUAAAUACUAUUUGGAAAAGCAUUUAAAAUAUCACUCUGGAGAAAAAUCGUUUAAAUGUGAAAUAUGUUCUAAACAGUUUGUCAUCAAAAGCGGUUUGAAUAAACAUUUAAAAAUUCAUACUGGAGAAAAACCGUUCGAAUGUAAAAUAUGUUCUAAACGGUUUAUUAAUAAAAACGCUGUCAACACACACUUAAGAAUUCACACUGGAGAAAAACCAUUUAAAUGUGAAAUAUGUUUGAAACAGUUUAAACGGAAACAACAUUUAACUGGCCAUUUAAAAAUUCACACUGGUAAAAAACCGUUUAAAUGUGAAAUAUGUUUGAAACAGUAUAUCGAUAAAGACAGGUUGAACGUGCAUUUAAAAUAUCACUCUGGAGAAAAACCGUUCAAAUGUAAAAUAUGUUCUAAACAGUUUGUCAUUAAAAGCAUUUUGAAUAAUCAUUUAAAAAUUCAUACUAAAGUAAAACAACUGUUUAAAUGUGAAAUAUGUUCGAAACAGUUUGUUAAAAAAGGAAAUUUAAAUAGUCAUUUAAAAAAUCACCAUGAAGAAAAACCGUUUAAAUGUGAAAUAUGUUUGAAACAGUAUAUCGAUAAAGACAGGUUGAACAUACAUUUAAAAUAUCACUCUGAAGAAAAACCGUUCAAAUGUAAAAUAUGUUCUAAACAGUUUGUCAACAAAGGCACUUUGAAUAAUCAUUUAAAAAGUCAUACUAAAGUAAAACAACCGUUUAAAUGUGAAAUAUGUUUGAAACAGUUUAUCGAUAAAAACAAUUUGAACAAUCAUUUAAAAAUGCAUACUGGAGAAAAAUCGUUCGAAUGUGAAAUAUGUUCAAAACAGUUUGUUGAAAAAGGAAUUUUAAAUAGACAUUUAAAAAUUCAGUUUAUCGAUAAAGACGCUUUAAAUAGGCACUUGAAAUUUCACACUUGAGAAAAACCUUUCAAAUAUGAAAUAUGCUUGAAACAGUUUAAAUGUAAAUACCAUUUAGUAAUCCAUUUAUUUAUUCAUUCUGAAGAAAAACGUCGAGAAAAACCAUUUACAUGUGAAAUAUGUUUAAAACAGUUUAUCGAUAUAAGCACUUUAGACAGUUCAAAAUUUACACUGGAGAAAACCGUUCACGUGUGCAAUCAAGGGCGUAUAUAGGGGGGGGCAGGGGGGGGCCUUGGCCCCCCCCUGGAAUUUGAGGGUCUCUUAUCUGAAUCGGUACAAGCAAUACAAUGAGUUCACAGUCCACUCCAACGAACAAAAUUUUUAAAGCUUACUGGCUAUAGACAGAGUACAUUGCAGUUAUGGUAAUACCAAAACAAGAAUUAAUAUAAUUGAAUUAUAUUAAAAAUAAUGAAAAUUUGUUAACAAAUAACUAACUGGUACUGGUACUUAAUUUAAUUACCAAUUAACAAUAGACUCGUAUAGAGGUAUGCUUUGGAAGUUAUCGGAUAAUUUUGAUACAUCGAUAUCGAUCUAUAAUAUAAAUCAUUACAUCGAAAAUAUCGAUAGGUAUCCGAAUGUAUCCAUGCAUACGAACAUCUCUCCGUUAGCUAAUGCAGCGGCAAACUGGCAAGCACGAAGCACGUGUCGAGACUGUCGAAGUGUCGAGCGACAUGCGCCGCGGUUGCCUUGUGCUCACGCGCGGAAUAUUAACUUAAAUUCAAAUUAGUUGCAGCCAGCCAGGGAUUACCAGAUCUCAAGAUUUUUCGUGAGAUGUACUGAUUGGAUUUCCCAUCUACUGAUAUCAUCAGCAAAUUUACUGCUUAUUUUAUGUACUAAUUAAGUAAAUAGGUCCUAACAAUAGGAUAUUUUAAGGAAUUAAUUUAGUUUUCAGCUCGUUAAUCUCAAUCUCACUUUUCGAAAUUAGACCUGGCAACGUGGCAACCCUGUCCACCUGUUCACAAUGGAUUCGCUCGCUGUUGCCGUUGUAGUUUGGAUCGUCAUGUUUAAUACACGGGUUAAAUGAUAAAGAAAUACAUUUAAUAGAAGUAAUUGGCAACAUUGAUAAUAUUUCGCCUACCUUCUUAAAAUAGUUUUGUUUUGAUAGACUGCUUUAAGAAAUACGACUGUUAGUUUGUAGUUAACGUGUUACGUGUUAGUGAGGAGUUAAUAAGAGUUAGUUGGGCACGAGCACGAACUAAGCAUCGAAAAGUAAAAAACCCUACUCGUAUUCGCAAAUGCUGAUUUAAAAUAACUAUUUUUUAGAAUAGGUAAUUAAACCAGCAAUAUGGAUAUUCGAAAAUAUUUUUCAACAAAAAGAGCUCGUAGUUGUAGUCCUGGUCCGUCAGCAUCUACUCAACAGUGUUCACAAGCUAAAAAGGCGGAAAUGAGCUCGGAAAUGUUAUCACCAGGUUCAGAUAGCAAAGAGGAUACUCACCAAGAGGGUCAAAGUCAAAAUACACCAAGGGCAGUAACACUAGGUGAAGUGCAGGUUAGUGAACAGAGUACAGACAUGAAAAAUAACACUUCGAAUUUUAUGGAUUUAACCUCCAUAGUGGAUCCUAUGGAUAUAGGAAACUUUAUCGGGAAUAAAGCAAUUGCCAGCGAAAUUCUUCUGACUUUACUUAAAAGUCCAUGGACCCCGCCACCUUCGUACAAUUUUAAAAACGAUGUAGGCGACUCUAAAAGACCGUUUACGUACUCAUGGCUCAACACUUAUUCUUCUUGGUUGGCAUAUUCUGCCAAAGAAAAAGGUGCUUUGUGUAAAAUGUGCGUUGUUUUUAAACCAACAGUUAGCCGCGGCUUUCAAGGAGCAUUCAUAACUACUUCUUUCAGAAAAUACAAAAACUUUAUUGAAGCAAUGAAAAAACAUUUAAACUCUAGUUGGCAUAAGGAGUCAUUAGUUAAAUGCGAAAAUUUUAAAAAAGUCAAGGAAGGUAAAACCUUAGAGAUCGCUCAACUGCUCGAUGAAAAAAAACGACAGGAAAUUGAGAAGAAUCGUAAAAUACUCAGCUCAAUUGUAAAAUCCAUUGUAUUUUGUGGUACCCACAAUCUGCCUUUAAGGGGGAAAACGUUAAAAUCUGGCGUAUUUUUCGAUUUGCUUGCGUUUCGUGUAGAUAGUGGCGAUGUUGCUCUUGGCAAACAUUUAAAAAACCCCAAUAGUAGAAAGGGUAUUUAUAUAUCUCCUAUAAUUCAAAACGAACUCAUUGAUAUUGCUGGCAAAUUAUUAAAAACUAAGGUUAUUUCUAACGUAAUACGGAAUGGUUAUUUUUCUGUUCUUGCUGACGAGACAUCUGAUAUUAGUGGAAUUGAGCAGCUAUCAAUUGGUCUUAGGUAUUUUGAUAAAGAAAGUCAAAAGGUUAGGGAAGACUUUAUUGGUUUUGAACCACUAAGUGCUAUGGAUGCAAACAGUAUUGCCAAAGUGAUUCUGGACACGUUAAAAAGUUCUGGGCUAGAUUUAAAUAAUUUAGUUGGACAGGGUUACGAUGGGUGUUCCGUUAUGGCUGGAAAAGAAAAUGGUGUUGCAGCAAGGAUUUGUCAAAUGUACCCAAAGGCUCAAUUCUUCCACUGCGCAUCACACAAAUUAAAUCUUGUUUUGCAUGAUUUAAAUGCAGUAGCUGAUGUAAGAAACGCUAUAGGAAUUAUAAAAAACGUUAUUAAGUUUUUUAGAGAUAGCCCGCUACGUCGAGUUUUGAUACCUAACAUACCAAUGUUGUGCGAAACUAGAUGGUCUGAAAAACACAAAUCAAUAAGAAUUUUUAGUGAAAAAUAUAUAAAUAUUGUUAACGCUCUGUCUCAAUUGUGUUCUUUCGGAAAUAGCAACACCCGUCAACUAAGUAAUCAGUUGCUGUAUUCACUGAAAAACAGUAAUUUUAUCGUAUCUCUGUAUGUAAUUGCAAAAUAUUCAGUUAUUUUGGAGCCAUUAACCAAUAUUUUGCAAGGAGUUGAUAUAAAUAGGCAAGAUGUAAGAAGACACGUUGCAAAAAUAUUAGAUUUAUUUAUGCAUCACAGAAGUAUGGCCAAAGAGCAAUUUUCAAGUAUAUUUUCCUCAGCUUUGACCACUGCUAAUGAAUUAGAUGUCGAAAUUAAGAUCCCUCGUCUUGCAUCUAGACAAACCCAUCGUGCGAAUUAUAAUAUAACUGAGGGUGAUGAUUCAAUUGAGGAAUAUUUUCGAGUAAGCAUUUUUAUUCCUUACUUGGAUUCUUUGAUAUCAUCCUUAAAAUCACGCUUCGAUACCAAUCUAAAAAGUGAUGUCACUCUAGAAAAACUUCACCCAAAUCACAUUAAAAAAUGUGAUCGAACAGAUUUACGGGAUAUUACGGAGAAUCUAAACGAAUUUUAUCUUAUAGACGCUUCACAUGAAAUUGAAUUAUGGCAAAGUUAUUUUGCUAAUAAAGACUGCGGUAAUUUAACAUUUAUGGAAGUACUUUUGGACUCUUAUAACAUUUCUUUUUUUCCGGCCAUAACUACCUUGAUAAACAUUUUUCUUACGCUUCCGUCUACAACAUGUACUGUAGAACGGUCCUUUUCUACCUUAAGGAAGGUUAAGACCUGGCUGCGCGCAACCACAUGUGAGGAUCGAUUGAAUGGUUUAUGUAUGCUAAGCAUACAUAAAGAUCUCACCGAUCAAGAACACUUUGUUCAAGAAAUUAUUAAUAAGUUUGGCGAAAAUCCGCGUAAAAUUCAAUUUCUAUUUGAAUCAUAAUUAGUUUAAAUCUUGAUUUUUGUUUACUUUAAUUUUAUUUAACAAGUACCUAUAAUCUGUAGCUUGUAUAAACGUUGUAUAAGUACAUAAUGAUGAACUUAU